GGCCGGGUGCGCUGGCUGGACGCACCCGCGGGCGGCGUCACGAGGGGCGGGGCUCGCCGGGGGCGCGCCGGGAAGUUGCGCUUGGAGAAGUUGCGGGCGGCUGAGUGUCUGGGCGGCCGGGUUGCUGGCCUUCCCGUAAGCGCUUAGAGGAAGGGGAGCAGCGGCCGCCACCGCGCAAGGCGCAACGCCCCGGGAAGCCGCCUUGGAUAGCGCCGCCCGCUGCUCGAGACCGCCCGCCGCGGAGACCCGGGCCAGGCCGCGAGCACAGGCUCCGUGCUGGGUGCGGUGCCUCGGAGCUUGCUGAGGCUGUCCAGCCCUAACACCUAGUAGCCCGGCGGUGACGCCCGCCCAGCUGGGCCAUGUCAAAAGGCCCUGGUUCUGCCCCGCUGCCCUCGACCCCGGGGUCCCGAAAACCCGUGCCCCGGAGCCUCAGCUGCCUCUCGGACAUGGAUCGGCGACCCUGCAGAGCCCCGGGCUGCGACCCUCGGCUGCGGCCCAUCAUCCAACGACGCUCGCGCUCGCUGCCCACCUCCCCGGAGCGCCGUGCCAAGGCUGCCGGAGCCCCGGGCGCCGCGUGCGGAGCUGGCUGCAACCGGCAGGUCCGGGUGCGCUUCGCUGACGCGCUGGGCCUGGAGCUGGCGCAGGUCAAGGUGUUUAACGCGGGCGACGAUCCGUCCGUGCCGCUGCACGUGCUGUCGCGCCUAGCCAUCAACUCAGAUCUGUGCUGCAGCAGCCAAGAUCUGGAGUUCACGCUGCAGUGCCUAGUUCCCGACUUCCCGCCACCCAUCGAAGCCCCGGGCUUCGGAGAACGCCUGGCCCGGCAGCUCGUGUGCCUGGAACGUGUCACCUGCUCCGACCUGGGCAUCAGCGGCACAGUGCGCGUGCGCAACGUGGCCUUCGAGAAGCAAGUGACAGUGCGCUACACCUUCUCUGGCUGGCGCAGUGAGCAUGAGGCGGUGGCACGCUGGAGAGGGCCUGCGGGUGCCGAAGGUUCGGAGGACAUCUUUGCCUUCGGCUUUCCAGUGCCUCCCUUCCUGCUGGAGCUCGGCUCCCAGGUACACUUCGCCCUGCGCUACUGCGUGGCUGGUGCCGAGUACUGGGACAACAAUGAUGGUCGUGACUAUAGCCUUACUUGUCGCAGUCAUGCCUUGCACAUGCCACGGGGGGAGUGCGAGGAGAGCUGGAUCCACUUCAUCUGAGCUGUAGGCUGUGAACCUGGAGCUUCCAUCUCUGCAGACCUGCAGUCACUUCACCACUAAGAGCAGCUCUUUGAGCGGCCAUCUCCCAUCCCACCCUUCCUUCUAGUGGUCAGGCCUCAUUUUUCACUGUGAAGCCCUGCGGCGGUAGCCUGGCCAGUCUUGUAAUGAAUUCUUUGGAGACCCUGGCAGUCAGAGAAACAGGAGCCUGUGUAAGGCAUCGUGGGGGGAGGGUGUGGGAGGGCAGAUGCACGGGAUUGUGGUCCUCAAUUUCAGUAGGACCCAGGUCAGUGUUUUGCAAGAAAGGCCUUUUGCAUGUCUCCUCAAUGUGUCUAAACACAAGUAGCUGUUAUUUAUUAUUGUGAAGUUAGCCUUCCACCCAUGGUGGAUGCUUUCUCAGGAAUACUCUAGAUUAAUCAGCUUAAAGAAGGCCUGCCGUCUGUUUGCACCCACUGUGAUAAUUGUACAAAUACACGGUGUGGCCUGCAUUAUGGUCCCUCGAGGCAUUUCUGCCCUGGGACGGUGAAAACCUGAGACCAUGUUUGCUUGCCAGUGUCUGCUGUAGCCUUCCAACAGUAGAAACUAUUAAUAGCGAAGGAACUUACAGCUCAUCUGUCAUCACACAACCAUUUCUGGGCUUCGAGGCUGCCCUGGUUAGGCGAUGCCUCCCACAUCAACAGCUGGGAAGGAGUGGACAGAAAGCUUCCAGCCUUCUGGGCAGCUUAGCCCAGACAGUCCUUUCUCUUCAGGGACUUGCCUGUUCACACGUUUGUCUUCUACUCGUUUGGUUCUGGGUCUGCUUGUUAGCAGGGCAUAUUCUAUUUAAGUUUGAAACUACCUGAGCCUUUAAAAAGAUCUUGCCUUAAGUAAUUUAUGUUUUCAAGUGGUCCCAGGGAUUCAGGCAGGCGUGCCCUUCCCGGAGACCUUUUCCACGAAAGAAGUGACUUUUUUAUUUCUAAGUAUGGAAAGAUUCCAGCAUUCAUAUUUUGGAAGUCAGGUUCCAUAUGAAGCUGGGUGGUUCUCAGAAUUAGCCAGGGCACUGGGGGAAAAAUAACUCACGGAUUUUUAUUCACUUCAUGUGUUUUAAAUUGAACUGUUAUGUCAGGUUUCACAGAUACCCGCCACUUUAUUCUUUGUGCCUUCAGUUAGGAAAGUUGCUGACAUUUUUUACGGGCAUAAUUCCCAGUUUUAAAAUGUUACAUACUUUAAAAAACAACAACAACCAAAUCUCCAACUUAAUCCAGACCACUCAGUGGUCCCUGCAGUUGUGCCUGCUGUUGAAGCCCCCAUGGAGAGGCUGGCAAAUAUUCUGGUGCUGAGCUUUGGUCUCUCUGACAGCAGGUGCUAAAACUGAGGUGGACAAGACCUCCAAGAUGUGACUUUUGCUUUUGAGACAGUGGAUGUCCUGUGACAGACCUGGUGACACAGCGAGUGUUGGAACGAGUGUUGAUGUUCGUUAAAUCGGCAUGGUGGAGAUGCAUUUUACUCUUGAGCCCAUUAGGUUUUGAUACUUGAAACUUCUGCCUUUUAAAAUUCCAAGAACAGUGUUGGGUUCCUCUGGUACCUUUCUGGACUGAGACAAGUUUUGAUUUAAAAUGCCACAAUAAAACCACCCAGCCUUUGUCUGUUAGGACUCUGCACUGCAUUGGCAUUCAGGAGUGAGAAGCACCCAGUGGCAUUUCCCACUGCUUACUGUUCAAUUAGGCCAGCAAACCCUGGGGGUUGGGGGGAUGGCAGCUCUGUCCUUGGCCCCUGUCCAGAGUGCAAGAGAAUGGUCCAGACUCUUCAAGUAAAGCCAGAACUUUGGGGAGCACUGAUGUUCAGGAGCAUGUAGAGAGUUUUACAAUCUGUGGGAAAGCCACUCACUUGUCCCCCGGUUCAAGUAAACCGUGCAUCGUCAAAAUUAAAGAACCUGAAGGUGCCUUUAAGACACACCAACUCUAAAACUUACAGAUAAUUCUGCUUGAUAAAUAAAUAAAUAAAUAAAUAAAUAAAUGAAAGCUGUAACAAUAGUCCAGGGUGAACUCUCUGGCCCUAAGACACACUUAGGCCUGUUGAGAUGUUAAAAUUGUGUUUGUCGGCUGUGCACUUGCUAAGUUGUGUUUUACUGCGUGUCACUUAAAAUUGUUUUACUCAAGCCUGAAUAUUAAAGAACACGUGCAAAUACAUCCCUUUGUUAA